AUGGUAAAUAGACAAAAUGGCUUCUUCGCUAAGCUGACAGGCUUGACAUCCACUGUGUUCAAUUUAAACCUGGAGAAUAUCCACGAUCCCGUAGAUGAAAAUUUAACCUCCCUGGAAAGAGCUGUACUGUACGGAAACAGCAGCAAAAAAUGCCGGAAGAUUAUUUUUGUGAAAGAGUUAGUGAAGUCGCUAAAUAGUAUAGACUAUGAGGAUUUUAAAAAGGUCAUUUAUCCUCUGUUGGUAAGGUUAAGCAACGAUAAGGAGGAAAUACAAUACGAGUUAUGUUGCCAGAUGGGUGACCUGUGUGCGUACUUGCUGCAGAGUAACAAUGGGCCAGACGGGUGUGAAGAUAUCAUUAAGUUUCUCUUCCCCAUCAUCGAACGCAUCAUCAAAAAUGGGCGAGAAGGGAAUAUCGGUUGCAGCGUUGACGGUGGUAACGUUCUUGCGAAUGCGAUGAAGGCGCUGCUUAUUCUAGCCACGCAUAUCAAGGCCAAGUAUCGGAAGAGCAUAAUCUUCCCCUUCAUAGUUUCGCUGCUUUCUAGUGAAAAAUUCAAGAACGUAGGAUUCAUUCUGUUGAUUAAAAUUUCCUAUAUAUUUGAGAGAGAAAUGGUGUCAAGGCAUUUGUUCCCAUGUAUCGAAUCCUUCAUUAAAGGAAAGGACGAAGAGAGCAAAAUGUUCCUCUCCUGUUACAUGCAUAAUAUAUGCAAAAUUGCCAACGAAGAAGAAUUGCUAGUCAUAUUUUUUAUGCUCAAAUUGUUAUGUAACGAUCCUAAUGACACUGUUAAAAUAAUUAGCAUGUACAACUGUGUGCAUUUAUCGUGUCUUUAUUCGAAGAAACUUUUUUUUCACUUUUUCGUUCCUCUGUUUAAUAAUUUUCUGAAGAAUACAAAUUUGUAUAUAUUUUAUUAUGCCUUGAUAAAUAUGCUUUUUUUUGUUUGCCUUUUUGAGGACGUGGAUCUUAUUCACCCUUUUUACAUUCACAAGAUUAUUUUUUUUUUCAACAAUGUUUUUUCUUCUCACUUGUUUACGUUGAAUUAUCUUAAUGACACUGCCAAGCGGCAGAGCAGCUACGCUUUGGCGGGCGUCCCCAGGGGGGGGGAAGCAAACAAAAUAGAGGAACAACCCAAAACAGAGGAACCGCACGGAGUGGCCGAGGCAGACAUAACAACUGGUAUUAAUAGCGACUCUAGCGAAAUGUCAAAUGGUCAGUCUAGGCAAGACAACGGGGGGAGAAGCGACACACCCGAAAUGAAUCAUGAGGGGAAGCGGGAAAUACAGGAAGAGACGACACUCACCAUGAACUGCGUAAGUGUGAGUGAGCCAGUUAAUGUGGCCCAGCCGAAGGAAGAGGAGGAAGUCCAACAAAUGGGGGAAAUCAGAUAUUAUUCUAAGUCGGACAAUCAUUUGAAGGAAGAUUAUGCUGGUGGCACUGCACUGGCUAACACAUUGGAAAAUGUUAAUGGAGGGGGAAAUGGAACAACAGUUCAGCAAAACGGAUUCUCCCUUUUCCCCUCGUCGUCCUCCUUGUUGGAGUCGUCCAAUGGGACAUCGCUCCUUCCGUCUGUUCUGCCUUCCCCGUCCACGUCCUCGCUCAUCACCCCAGGAUCAACGUCCAUUUUUAUCAACAACGGUUUGAUUAAUGACCUCAUAAUUAGCAACAACCAUUUUGCGGUAAGCGUGCGCCAGUUUUUUCAAGUACACGGUGGGGAAGCUCUUGAAGAGGGAGAAAAAACAAAUGAUAAGGGACCCCUACAGGAGCAGCAGUGCACCCACCAGGGGGGAGGCCAAAGCGGGGAUGAACCCCCCAACUGUAGGAGCAUCCCCUUAGGGGAAGAAGAAAAGAAGGGGAAGGACCCCACCUAUGAGGGGAAUUAUAAUGAUGAAUUUUUUACCCUCACCGAUAAUGAUAUCACCUGCAUAGACAGAAUAUACAAUCAUGAUAAUACGAUAGACAUAAAACAAAUAAAAGGAUGGUACUUCAGUGACGUGGAUCUAAUAAAAGGGAACAUGGCAUACGGGGCGAUGUUUCUUCAGAAGGGGGGGAAAAUGGAUACUCCUACAGAGAGACGUCCAUGUAAAAUCCACGUAAACAAAAAAGAAGACGACAUUUAUAACGUCGAAGCGGUGAAUGUAGAGGCCAUCAAGAAGAAGUUUUUGUUUGACACCCCAAAUAAUAUUAUCGUAUCUCACAACAUAAACGCAGUGUAUAUUACGGCUUUACACAUGCCCACCCUCAUCCUAGUGCUCAAACAACACUUUUUCAGAUUUUUUUCUCACGUUUUUUUUUUUGUAUGUACCUAUCCGUACUACAUUAUUAGGAAAACCAUGGCGUCUUUGUUUUACGAAAUUUUGGUAAACUUUCUACAACCCUCUAACUUUUUAGAAAUGACUGUGGAGGAGUUAAAUGAGGAAGAGGACACGAUGACCAAAUUUAUGAAAAGCGGAAAGGAUAGAAUUUUAAACAGGAAGGGUGACUUGUUUUCUUAUCCCCAUCUCAAAACGGAUUGUGAUAGACAGCGAGGUGGUAAGAAUUACUCCCCUAGAAAGGACUUCCCUCAAGUCACACAGACGUUCAAUGUGGACUAUGCCACCUACUGCAAUAUGAAACGCAUACAGAGCAUGCAAUCUAUGACAAGUGAUGAAAAGAUAAGUAAUUUGGACAAUAGUAGUUCGUCGGGACGUGAACUGGGUGAGAGUACGCCACCCACGUCGAACGGACUUACCGAGAAGCAACAAGAGGGGGAUAAUUUUUCAGACUGUGGAUAUUCGCAGGGGGGAACUCACGAUCAUGCCGCUAACGAAGUGAGUGAAAAUGUGGGAACGAAAGUAGACAAAGGGUCGGAGGAAGCUCUGCAGGAGAGAACCAACAUAAUCAAACGAUUGCAGAGCGAAAUCCAUGCCAACCUACACGAAAGCGAUUUCUUUACAAAUGAAGAAAACGAAAACUUUUUUUUUUACAAAAAAUUUCUACAAAAAUAUGAAUCUAUAUAUGAGAGAUACAUUCAAAGGUUUAGAAAAUAUUACAGUGAAGAUUCUUCCCUUUUUUUUUUCCACUUUUUCGUUUGUUACUUUUUGAGGGAUUCAAACGUGCUGGUUAAGAAGGCUAUCCUUAAGAGGUACGACAAAAUGGUUUUACUUUUCCCAACGUUGGUGCAGAAGGUUCUCAUGUCGUAUUUGUCUCACGUGCUGGAUUGCAAGACGCUGGAUUAUUCCCUGCGCAAGCGGGUGUCCAAGGUGGUCUUCCGGAUGUUGUCCUGCGCGGAGGAUGCACAGGUCGUCCGCAGGUUUCUCUUUCCUCUAUUCAUAAGACUGUGCAAAGACGACGUCGCCACCAUUCGCACCUACACGGCUAGCUAUUUCUACCUAUUCCUCGAAAAGGGGUGCCCCCAAAUAUAUAACUUUUUCAAAGGGGGGGGAGAAAUAUUACCCAUAGAAGAGUAUAAGAAAGACAGGAUACUGACCAAUGGAGAGAAGUACAAACUGAGGAGUCGGUACUUCACGGGCGGGGCCGAAAUUGCCCUCAUCAAAACAGUUUUAGUAAUAUUUUCAAGAAGUUGCCGUUUCUGUGACCGUCAGAUUUUUAUAAAGAUGUGCGACGGGAUUAUCAACGAAUGCCCAGCGAACCUCUUCCUGCUGUACUUCCUCAAACCAUUUUUAAAUUUAUCCGUCGACAAAAUUAAGGUUGUCAGAACGACAUGGGAUAAGUGUGUAAUUUCGCAGCUUAAGAAAAAGGGACACUUUCUAAAUACGAUAAAUAUUUGGGGCAUACAGAAAGAAAUGCAUGCACAGCAGGGCACGACGACAGUAGAUAAAGAGAAUUCUCCCACGCCAAACAAAGGGGAAAGCGAUAAUGUACUAGAUAAAACCUUUGACAUUCACGACUUGAAUGAUUAA